AUGUGCGGCAUAUUUGGGUACGUCAACUACCACACACGACGGACGGUGCGGGAGAUCCUCAACGUGCUGCUCGACGGCCUGCAGCGUGUGGAGUACCGUGGGUACGACAGCGCCGGCCUCUGCAUCGACGGCUGUGAUGCCGGUCACUCACCUGUCGUGAUUCGCAGCGUGGGGAACAUCGCCCGGCUGCGUGAGCUUGUCUUCAGCGACGCGAAUGCCUCGGUGCUGAACAUGGACGCUGUCUUUGACAGUCACAUCGGCAUUGCCCACACCCGCUGGGCCACCCACGGCACCCCGUGCGUGGAGAACUCGCAUCCGCAGUCCAGCAACAACGGGGCGUUUUUCGUAGUGCACAACGGCAUCAUGACAAACUUUGCGCCGGCGAAGGAGCGGUUGCUGGCGAAGGGCUACCACUUCAGCAGCGACACGGACACGGAGGUGAUUGCGGUGCUGACGGAGGAUCUGCAUGCGCAGCAUCCGCGGCUCUCCUUCGUUGAGCUCGCUACAAAGCUCGCCUCCAUAGUGGAGGGCGCGUAUGCGGUUUUAAUCAAGUCGACUGUCUUUCCUGGCGAGCUUAUCGCGUGUCGUAAGAGCUCCCCACUGGUGAUCGGACUCUGUCAUGGGGGGAGCAACGGUGGCACGCCCGGCGCAGACGCCCCACCACCACUGACGGAGUUGUAUUUUGCCUCCGAUGUGAACUCCUGCAUCGAGCACACGCGCAAGGUGAUUUUCCUCGACGACGGCGACGUCGCGCACUACCACGACGGGGCAUUGACUGUUUACUCCGCUCACGUCCCCGCGGGCCCCAACGCCGUCGCUGUGGCCACGCCCGUCACGCGUGAGCCGCACAGCAUCGACCAUGUUUACGAGGUGCUUUCAAAGGAGGGCUACGAGCACUUUACGCUGAAGGAGAUCUAUGAACAGCCAGAGAGCGUCACGCGAACGAUGUGCGGCCGCAUCGACUUUGUGAAGGGAGAUGUGAGCUUCGACGGCAUGGAUGCGACGACGGUGGCGCUCCUUUGCAGGGCACGUUGUCUCAUGCUGAUUGCGUGUGGAACCUCAUACCACAGCUGCCUUGCCGUCCGUCCCAUCUUUGAGGAGCUGCUGCCGAACAUGUCUGUGGUGGUGGAGAGCGCCCCUGACUUUAACGACAGAAAGCCACGCGUUCACCGCGACGACGUCUGCGUGUUCGUUUCACAGUCCGGUGAGACCGCCGACACCCUCAUGGCGUUGCAGCAUUGCAAAACGGCCGGUGCGAUGCUUGUCGGGAUGACAAAUGUCCCGGGCUCGUCGGUGUUGCGGCAAACCGACCACGCACUUCUCCUCAACGCCGGUGUGGAGGUGGGGGUCGCCUCCACGAAGGCCUACACCUCACAGGUUGUUCUUCUCACCCUUCUGGCCCUGCUGCUGAGCCAAGGCGAUAAGAGCAACGGGAAUGACAGGCAUCCCACGGGAAGCGUACCCGCGGACAAGAAUGCAAAUGGGAAGAGGGAAGACGCAGAGAGCAAGCGGCGUAUUCGAGAGCGACGCGCGGAGAUUAUCACUGGAAUCGCUGCCCUCCCCGCGGCCCUUUCAAAGUGUCUCAGGGACGUCCGCGACGCCGUCAUGUCCCUCGCAGAGGAGUGGCAGGACUCCUCCACCCUCCUUGUGGUUGGUCGCGGCUACGACUAUUCCACCGCUCUGGAGUCCGCCCUCAAGGUAAAGGAGAUCAGCUACGUCCACACCGAGGGUAUUCACUCCGGUGAGUUAAAGCACGGUCCGCUGGCCCUUGUGGAUGCACGGUCGCGGGUGAUUGCUUUUUGCGCCCAUGACCGCUAUUUCGAGAGUAGCAAGAGCGCGAUUCAGCAGCUAAAAGCACGCAGUGGUCGCAUCGUGGCGAUAACGACACAAAAGGAUGCAGAGGUGGAGCACGCCGCUGUGCGCUGCGUGGAGGUGCCAGCCGUGGUGGAUUGCUUGCAGAGCGUCGUGAAUGUCGUGCCCCUGCAACUGCUUGCCUACUAUCUCGCCUUGCGACGUGGCAACAAUGUGGACUGCCCGCGCAACCUGGCAAAAAGUGUCACCGUGCAGUGA